ACCGCAGUCACUUCCUGCCCCCGUGCCCAUCCGGCUCCGGGGUCAGCGGCCGCCGCUCUGGCGGGACAGGGGCGAAUAAAGUUUAAUUCGGGGAAGGAGAAGCCGCGCGUCCUCUCCAGCAGAAACGAGCUGCUGGAUGUAGAAGGAAAGUAGGUCGUGCGCACGGAAAAUGCCUCUAAGGGACAAGUGUUGUCAGACUGACCACCAUCACCAUGGAUGCUGUGAAGCAGUGCAUCUGUUGGAACCUGGUGAUCCUCCAUUAUUGCAGCAGCCUCUGCAGACAUCAAAAUCUGGUAUUCAACAAAUCAUUGAGUGUUUUCGAUCAGGAACGAAACAACUUAAACAUAUCUUGUUAAAAGAUGUGGAYACCAUUUUUGAGUGUAAAUUGUGUCGGAGUCUCUUCAGAGGAUUACCAAAUUUAAUUACUCAUAAAAAGUUUUAUUGUCCUCCCAGUCUUCAGAUGGAUGAUAACCUCCCAAAUACAAAAGAUAAGCAGAGUCAAGCCAUAAAUGACCUCCUUGAAGCAAUCUAUCCAAGGGUAGAUAAGCAAGAAUAUGUAAUUACAUUGGAACCUAUAGAAACGAAUCAAAAUGCUGUAUUUCAGUAUGUGUCAAGGACUGAUAGCUCAGAUGAGAACACAGAAAGUAGCCAUACCCCUGAUCAAGCUCCAGUACAGAUACAGGAACCCAGCACAGAGCAACCCAAGACUGUUUCAGCCCCAGUCCCAGCUGGGGAAACUGUAGAAUUACCUCCUGCUGAUCCUGUUAUAAACAAGGUGGUAUCUACGCCUGAAGAGCAGCCACCAGAAGUAAAUCCUGACUUGGACUCUCUGGAUAAUUCUGAUUAUGGCCACCAGUUGAUUUGUUGCCUCUGUAGGAAAGAAUUUCAUUCAAGACGCAGUGUACGCCGGCACAUUCGAAAAGUACACAAAAAAAAGAUGGAAGAGCUAAAGAAGUACAUAGAAACAAAAAAGAAACCAAACCAGUGCUCUGCAAAAGGACGAAAUAAGAAUGUUCUCCUAACACUAGGUAGAAGUUGUCCUGUGUGUUAUAAAUCAUUUGCUACAAAAGCCAAUGUAAGGAGGCAUUUUGAUGAAGUUCAUAGAGGAUUAAGAAGGGAUUCCAUUACUCCUGAUAUAGCUACAAAGCCUGGGCAACCUUUGUUCUUGGAUACAGCUUCUGCUAAAAAAUCUUUAAAGACCAGAAAACAAAAGUCGUCUUCAAAGACUGAAUACAAUUUAAGUGCAUGCAAAUGCCUUCUGUGCAAGAGAAAAUAUAGUUCACAAAUAAUGCUGAAAAGGCAUAUGCAAAUUGUUCACAAGAUAACACUUUCUGGAAAGAACUCUAAAAGAGAGAAAGGACCCAACAAUACUGCCAAUGGCACUGAAAUAAGAGUUGAACCAGCAGAUUCUGUAGAACCUUCAUCCCCUUCCAUUGUGCUUUCUCCACAGAAUGAAUUAAAGGGAACAAAUCAUUCAAAUGAGAAAAAGAACACACCGUCAGCACAGAAAAAUAAGGUUAAACAGGACCCUGAAAACCCUAAAUCAACUUCUAAAUCAACCACUAAAUCAACCUGCAAAUCAGCCUCUAAAUCAACCCCUAAAUCAACCAAUGCAUCUGCUGCAGGUGGCCAGCAGAAAACCAGAAAGCCAAAACUUUCAGCUGGCUUUGACUUCAAGCAGCUUUACUGUAAACUCUGUAAGCGCCAGUUUACUUCUAAACAGAAUUUAACAAAACACAUUGAAUUACACACAGAUGGAAAUAAUAUUUAUGUUAAAUACUACAGGUGUCCACUCUGCUCUUACGAAACGCGUCGCAAGCGUGAUGUGAUAAGACACAUAACUGUGGUUCAUAAAAAGUCACCACGCUACCUUGGGAAAAUAACUGCAAGUUUAGAAAUAAGAGCAAUAAAGAAGCCAAUUGAUCUUGUUCUAAAUAAGGUGACAAAAAGAGGCUCUCAGAGGGAUGAAACAAAACACAUUGGUUCAAAACAGGAUGUCGCCUCUAAUUCUCCCAAUAAAAAGUAUGAAGGAGCUGAUGUUGGCAUUGAAGUAAAAGUGACAAAAAACUUUUCUCUGCACCGAUGCAAUAAAUGUGGGAAAACAUUUGCCAGAAAAGCUUUUCUAGAACAUCAUAAGAAAACCCACAAAGCAAAUGUAUCUCAUUCACCUGAAGAAAGUAAAACCAAAGGCAGAAGUACAAGAUCUAAAGCUGUUGUCUGAUAGGUUCAAGUGAUGUUCGGAAAGUACGAAGUUCAUUUGAAUGAAAAAGACUUUAGUUUGUUGUUGGAACUGCUAAUUUUGAUAAUGGUACUAUAAGGAGGAAAUAUUUUCAUAAGCUGUUCUUUUCUUACUAUAUUAUUAACCAUUCUGACUUCUUGUGGGUCAGUGCUACUUCCCAAAACACUGAAGUAAUUGAGAAAAUGCACACACUUCUAAAUUAGCAGUUAUCACUAUGCAGUUGUAGUUUGACACAGUAUAGAACAAACUUUCUGAAAUUAAAAAAGAGUACACCAGAGACAAGUUAAUGAACAGCAGCUUUGGAAGAAGGUUUUUUUCCCUCAUUUAGGAAAUCAUCUUCAGAAAGCUCAUCAUGCAUACUGGUCCUCCUUGGUAGUGCUAAUUGAUGGACAGCUCAAACUUUGAUGUGAUAUCCUACUUUCAUAAAUGUUGUGUUGUAUACUGUUUUAAAUUUAUUACAAAUGAAUGUAUAAGAUCAAACAAUGUAGUGUUUAUUGGUUGAGUUUUACUAAUUUUUAGUAUUUGUCAUAAAUUCAGUUUGUUCAUAUUGACUAAUUUCCCAGUUCUGGGACAUUCUGAACUUCACUYUGCUGAAGCUGCUUCAAAGACCUCCAUUUUGUUUCCAUAUGUGGUUCAUAAAAAAAAAUUUUGUAAACAUCUAGGAAGUUUACUAGAAUAUCCACAUUCCUCUAUUCUUUAAUUUUUUAAAAAAAGUUUAUACACAAGCACUUUAAUGAUAGUUGCAGUUUAUUUUUUCAGUUUAUUUUUGAAAGAUCAACACACUAAUGUUAAUAUGAAGGUAGUGAAUAUUUGCUGAUGUUAUUAUAGACAAUCUGUGCACAACCCUUUAUAAUGUUAGCUUAUUUCGUUAAAUAUUAAUAAAAAGGGAGGACAGUUCUGGAGAAACUCAAAAUAUAUUUUCUCUCAAAAUCGUAAGUGACCACUAUGGGUAGCACUUGACUUUGUGUUAUUGGAAAAUGUUUUAGAUACCUUUUUUUAACCUUUUAAUUAAGAGUAUAGUAAAACAGUUGCAUGCCUACCUUUAUGAAGUUCUUGGCAGGUUUCAUGCGUCCAUGGGUUUUGUUUUGGGUUUUUUUGUUGGUUUUGUUUGUUUGUUUUUUAUUUUUUUACCUUUUAGAAAAGACUUUUUAGUGAUUUGUGUCAAAUUGCUACARUUUGAAAGGUAUUGUACAUCAGAAGAAAUACCAUGUUUUUUAUAUCGGUUCACUCCCUUACUUAGGGAGGUGCCUCGUGUUCAUAUAUACUUUUUUGUAUAAAAUAUAUCUAAAUGUUGAUCUCAAGAUCAGGAGUAAAAAUGCUUUUAUGGAUAGAGAAUUAUUUGGCCCUGUUAGUGCAUUGCACUAAAAAUACUGUGAAUGGGAACUAAGAUUGUAGCUUUGCUCAAAAUGUUCUAUAUUGAAUGUACAUGCUUUUGUUUGGAUAAAUGUACUGUAUUUGAUGGAAAAUAAAGCAGACUGGAAAUUAUUUUUAAGUGGGCAUAAACAAAAGGAUGUUGUGUUUGUAAACUUGGGAUAUCWGUCACUCCACAAAUGGAAAUUACACUGUUUGCAUUUUGUAAAGUUUUAUUUGUUGAUCAUUGAAGCUAGUUGUUUGUAAUAUUCUGUUGUAAUAAAUGUUUUUUUUUUAAUUAAAAAUUUGGCAGUUGGGGAGUGAACACUUCACACUGGUCCUCAACUCUUGCUGUAUUUUUAGAAAACACUGUUGAUACUAGCCUUUUGUUCCUUGUAAAGGAAUCUCUUCCUUAACUGAGGAAYGCUGGAUUACCUAGUUUUCCACUGGAAAUAACAUUGAUGGCUGCUGAAGGUUCCUUGUUUUCAUGAUUGGAUAUAAAAAAGAACUGCCAUAACCAUUGUUUAUUCUUUUGUAAAAAAAGACAUUAGGCUGYUAAUGUAAGUGCAUUUUAUGUUCCUGAGUGCCUGCAGAUUAAGAAUGAGAAAUUAAAAUGCAAGUGUAGGGAUAGAAUAGUUUUUCAUUUCUCAAUUUAUUCUUGUGGUUUCUGCUGUCUGUUCUGGGUAAGUGUGUAAYCUGCAUUUUGAAAUAUGUGAAGAUGAAGUUACUCCUAUUUCRAAGGUAUGCUUUCUGCUUACAUCACAUUGGAUGAGUUUUUAAUUAAGAUGCAGUCUCACAUCAUUGAUGUGGCACAUUGAUUUGGCUUGUUUCAGUGAGACUAGCCAAAGAUGAAUGUAGUCUCUUUCAUGAACUUCCAGAAUUAAAGAGUCUUGUUAAAAGAAUUUUUUAUUUAGGAUGAAUGUGAGAUAUUUUACAGAAAACUUUUGGGAAGACCUAAGCAUUCUGUAUGCAAGUCUGUCUUGACUUUUUAAAAUUAUACAUGUCUUCUUAUGCUAAGGCUUAGAGGGGCUAGCUUUCAGGGACAUGAACUCKUAUUUUACCAACAGGGGAAUCUCACUGAUACUGCUGGCACCAGGCUUGCUAAAGUCUAAUAUGCUGGUGCGUGUCUCAGCUGAGCAUGUCUGGUCUUCCUGUUUUUAUUUUUUUAAUUAUUUUUGGARUGGUUUCUAGUUUUAUGUUUUACUCGUCUUUGCUAUCUGAAAUGUUAGAUUCCAGGGCUUGAAAUCCUUGUAGUGCUUGGUCUCAGUUUUAUAGGAGAAUCAAGAAAUCUGUAGCUUAGAUAGUUGAUGGUCAUUAGUACCCUUUGUUUUUGAUUGAAUUCUCUUGAACUUAAAUCUACUSUGUGAAGGAUUUGGGCUGGUCAUGUGCUUUGAAAAUGAGGCCAGUUUUGAGUGGUGGUUGAAAGAACUGUGGGUAGGUAUUUACCUAUAAUUCUCUUUUGAUGAAUAGUGGUAUUAAUAGAGCAGUUGUUAACCACAAAGGCAGACCACUGUGUUGCUUGGAGGAUGAGGGGUAGAGAAGUAUGGGCCAUCARUGAUUUAUUGAUGGAGAAGCUGGGGUUUGUAGUAAUGGAGGGGCUUGCAAGAGGGACUGCUGGCUGGGUAUAAAGGUUCUCUACUCAUCGUGAAAAGGGCAUCAGAGAGGAAGUGAAUGAUGUAGAAUAUGCUUUAGAUUCCUGUUUUAGGGAGCUUGCUUCACAGUAUUCAUCAGUUACAGUCUUAAAGCAAUAAUUCCAUAGACACAAAGUGGAAUGUAAUUUGAAAAGUUAUGAUUGUGUUCAUUCGUCCCUUUGGGUAUUGAGAGAUACUGGUAAUCUYAAUAGAAGUGUUGUAUACUUACUAUUAUUGAAAUAAAAUCUCAAAUGAGGAAACAGUAUCUUUGACUCAAGAAGAUUUAGUGGCAAAGAAGACUACCUGAGCCUUUGAUAACACAUAGAUCAAAUACAUUUUUCUGCAAAACAGAUGAAACAGAGUAUUGUUUCACUAUUGCCAGGAGCAGUACUGUCGUGGUUGUUUAGAAGUCUGGAUGGGUGAYGAGAAUGUGCUUUUUCAUCUUGCUCUAAUGUUACUCUCCAAAAGUAGAUUUUAUGGUGGUUUUGCCUCCGUUAUAGGUAGGGUUGAGGUUCUGAGUCAAU